AUGAAUAAUAAUAAUAAUGACAGAAUAGAUAGUAAUAAUAAUAAUUAUAAUCACACACAUAAUUUAGAAACAAUUACAAUAACAGAUAUAGAUAAUAAUAAUAAAAAUGAAAUAUUAUUUUUUUCAGUUUGGAGAAACAAGGUUUUAAUAAACGAAAUACAAAGACAUCAAAGGUUAUAUAAUGAAAAUAAAAUUAUACGUAUUGACAAAUCAAUGGAUCAACUUAGAUACCAUCCGCAUAGAAGAUAUGCAACAGAAAUUAUAAUUGAUGUUAAUGAACCAUUAGAACCACAUGGUCAAUUAAUACCCUAUGGUACAACCAAAUUAAAAUUCUUAUUAAAAUUUUUUAAUAAUUUAAAUAAACCAAUUCAAGCAGGCGAUAUUCCAACAACUGUCACAUCUUUACAAUUUUUUGCAAGCAAAUCAGGAUUUAAUAAUGAUUAUUAUUCUCAUUGUUUCGAUAUUAAAUCAGUUGUCCCCCCAAGUGUUACUGAAUUGCAUCUCGGUAUAAAUCAAGAAAUUUCACCAAAUACAUUACCACCAUCGCUUACAAGUUUAACAAUGGAACUAGAUCAAGAUAUACCUAUUGGAACUUUCCCACAAUCAUUAACUAGAUUAAUACAAAAUAAAUUCAAUAGAACAAUUACACCUGGUUCAUUUAGUUCAAUUGUAGAUUUAUCCCUGCACUCCUUUAAUCAAACUUUAAAAGCCGGUGACUUACCGAUAACAUGUAAAUAUCUAUAUAUUGGCUCUUACAAUCAACCACUCCAACCAAAUAUUCUUCCGCCUCAAUUAGAAAAAUUAUUUUUAUCAUCCUUUAACCACCCACUAUCAUACGGUGUACUUCCAGAAUCAAUCGCUGAUCUAAGCAUGAGCGACUUUGAUCACCCAUUAUCCAACUCUCUAUCAACACUAAAUUCAUUAAAAGUACUCUAUUUACCAAGGUUUAAUCAAGAGAUAUCAAUCCAAACAUUUCCACACUCAAUAGAAACAUUAUUUUUUAAUAGUUUUAAUCAAGUUAUAAAACCAAAUGUACUUCCAUCAUCAAUAACUAGAUUCAAUUUAGAUGCAUAUAAUCACCCACCUUCAGAUGGUGUAUUUCCAGAAUCAAUCACUUUAAUACGUAUGAACUUUAAUUACCCAUUAUCCAACUCUCUAUCAAAACUACAUUCAUUAAAAACACUCCAAUUAAAAAAAUUUAAUCAAGUUAUAAAACCAAAUGAACUUCCAUCAAUAAGUAAUCUCACCUUAGAUGAAUAUAACCACCCACUUUCAGACGGUGUACUUCCAGAAUCAAUCAAUUUACUACGUAUGAACGACUUUGAUCACCCAUUAUCCAACUCUCUAUCAACACUACAUUCAUUAAAAGUACUCGAUUUACCAUGGUUUAAUCAAUCUAUAAAACCAAAUGUACUUCCACCAUCAAUAACUAAUCUCUAUUUAAAUGAAUAUAACCAUCCAUUAGAACCACAAGUAAUACCGCCAAACGUGGAAAGGUUAAACUUAACAUCAUACAAUUGUAAUCUUGGUAAACAUUUAUUCCCAAAUACUUUAAAAUAUUUAGUUAUAUCAAACCACUCAAAUGAAUUGUUGGAAUAUGAUUUACCAUCAUCAAUUACAGGACUGUAUUUCGAAUCUAAUAUUGGUUAUACUUCAAAUCCAAUUCGAUUUCAAACUAAUUCAAUACCACCAUCAGUAAAAAAAUUAAUACUCCCAGAUAACCAUUCCCAACCUCUUCAAGUAGGUACUAUACCCAAUUCAGUAGUAGAUUUAGAACUACCCAAAUACUAUUCCCACCCUCUUCAAGUAGGUACUAUACCCAAUUCAGUUACAUAUUUAACAUUACCUAAAUUAUCUAGUCCUCUCCAAGUUGGUUUUUUACCAGAAUCUCUCACUAAAUUAAUAUUUAGAAAAGGAUUUGAUCAACCUAUAGACCCAGCUACCAUUCCACAAUCUGUUACUCAAAUCUUAUUACCUAAUAAUUAUUAUAAACACCCAAUACCAAACUCUUUAUUAAAUAUAAUAAAUAGAUACGAAAAGUUAUAA